AUGGAGUACCAGACCAAUUACACUCUGACCAGGGAAGAGAGUUCAAGUCGCGGGUCUUCCGUGAGUGCUGUAGUCUGCUUGGCAUCAAUAAGACCAGCAUCUCCCCCUCUUAGACCACAGAGUGACGGGAUGGUGAAGAUAGUUCACCAGCUGGCCAAAUAUUGUCAUGACGACCAACACGACUGGGAAGUAUGGAUGCCUUAUGUGUUCAUAACCAACCGUUCUGCCGAACAUGAGGCCACUGGAUUCCCACGAGCAAAGCUAAUGUUCGGCAGGGAAAUUAGCCUACCAAUUGAUCUCUUCACAGGCCGUCCUCCAGGGGCAGAACUCCCAAACGACGACAGCGACUGUUACGACCGUACAGCAGUGACUAGAAGAGGCUUACCGCUGGGCGAGGACACACCUGAAGGUAGCCAAGCGAUGUGGAGGUGUUACCUAGGCCGCGCGAGGAAUGCUGAGUAUCAACCAGGCGACCUAGCCUGGUUAUAUAGCCUGCUUGGCAAGUCACCAAAAUUCCAGCCUGACUGGGAAGGACCUUACAACGUAGGAAAAGUGAUAUCCGCAGUGAACUACAGACUAGAAAUUCCUCAUAAAAAACGGACAAGCAAAAUUGUGCAUGUAGAUAGACUGUGGAAGCACCCAGGCGAGGGAGAGUUUACCUGGGGCGUGUGUAGUGAUGUUGUGUCGAGUGACAACAGCUAA